AAAAAUGUAAAAUUCAAUCAGUGAUGCAGGCUACUGGCGCGCAGUGAUUAUGGUGAUGAUGCGGCUAUUUGAAAAAAAAAAUCCGAGCUCCCAGCAUCGGUUGAACCAGUUAUCGUCCUUACAGAAGCUGAAUGCUUUAUCACUAAUCAACCGGAGUCUCUCGAGAGCGCGGCCAUAGAACAAGGUUUAGAUGUGACAGACUCUCCUCAUAUACUGCUAGGAUUAGUUUGUCCAUAUGGGAGACAUGUGUUGAUCAGUGACAAAGGCUACUUGGUGACUUAACGCGAAAACUCAUUUUAUUGGUUGUUAAAUUUACAAUGAUUGAUACAUGAUUCAUCAGAAAUUUUCCAAGAUUUGCAGUGAACUCAAAAGCAGUGUAAUUACAUCGAUCGAUGUGCGCGAUGCAAUUAUAUUAUUUCCAUAUGUCCAGAGAAAUCAAUGUAGUGUGCUUUGGGCCGCAACUAUCGUUUUUGUCGUUUUGUAGAAACAAGUGGCUGAACACCGUGAAAUGCGAUUGGCAGCCGAGAAGAGACUAAGUGCACUUAAAAUGGAUGUUGACAAAAAGAAGGAAAAAGAGCAGAACGAAAUGCUCGGAGAGUUGAAGUCGGCAAUCAAAGAAGAGUUUGGCACAUUGAAAUCACAGAAAAAAGUGGCUGAGCACAGUGAGAAACUAUUAAUAGCUGACAAGAGGUUAGCUGAACUUGAAGCUAAUAUGGAUACAAAGAGGGAAACAGAGAAUAAAGAAAUGGUUAAGCAGCUGAAGUCAGCAAUGAAAGAAGAAAUCGCUGCAUUGAAAUCAAAGGUUUCCUGUGAAAAGAAAACAAAUGACGCACGUGAAGAAAUGAAGCAGCUUAAGUCCAAGAUGGAUGAAAUGAAAGUCCAAAGGGAUUUUUAUUUGGUAUGUACGAUCUAUGUCAUGUUAAGAUUUUGAAGACGAGUAGGCGAAGAUUGUGUGCAGCAAACGACAUCACCAAGGGAAGCCAUGUGGCCAUUAUAUACACAAAAGACUGUUUCGCGGAAGUCAAUCUUCACUGAAAGAACAUGAGACAUAGAGCUGAACGAAA